CAAACCUGUGCACGCACACAUAUGCCCUGCCCUGCAGCAGCUGUAGCUCUUGUUCCAGCCAGGAAAGGAAAAGCUAGAGGAGGAGGAGGAGGAGGAGAAGAAAAGAAGAAGAAAUCCCCAGGGAAUACCCAAGAUCUAACUGGACUGGACCAACAUAUAUAUACAAGCAAAUCUACCGCGCCAUGGAAGCUACCACAAUCAGACAAUUACUUCUCUUGGUGUUGGUGGCUUGCAGUGCACAUGUGGUUGUUUGCGGCUCCUCCUCCUUAGAUGGAAACGAGACAGAUCGAUUGUCACUGCUUGGAUUCAAGGAUGCAAUCAGUCUCGAUCCACAACAAGCUUUACUGUCCUGGAACGACACCACCCACUUUUGCAACUGGAAGGGUGUCCUGUGUAGGGUGAAGGCUCCACAUCGUGUCACUUCUCUAAACCUUACAAGUCUAGGUUUGGUAGGAAAGAUAUCUCCUUCACUUGGGAACCUAACAUUCAUACGGUCCCUAGCCCUCACUGAAAACACAUUCACCGGAGAGAUCCCAUCCUCCCUCGGUCACCUGCGUCGCCUCCAAACCCUCCUCUUGAAUAAUAACACUCUGCAAGGACGGAUGCCGAGUUUUGCAAACUGCUCAAAGCUCAAGGUAUUGAAUGUUAGAGCUAAUAAUUUAGUUGGCCAAAUUCCUCCUGAUUUUCCUCCUCACCUUCAGGUGCUGCAGGUUUCAGGUAAUAACAUUACUGGCACCAUCCCAGCUUCUCUUGCCAAUAUCACAACUCUAACCAUGAUUAGCUGUGCGGAUAACCACAUCAAGGGAAACAUCCCAAGUGAGUUUGCCGAUUUGUCCAGCUUGGAGCACCUAUAUGUGGGUGGCAAUCAGCUAGCAGGUAGGUUUCCACAAGCCAUCUUGAAUCUUUCUACCCUCAUCGGCCUUGACCUUGGUCCCAAUGGUCUAAGUGGAGUGGUACCACCAAAUAUCUAUACCGCUCUCCACAAUCUACAAAUACUUGUAUUAUUUGGCAACUUUUUUCUAGGGCACAUUCCUAGUUCAUUCACUAAUGCUUCCAAUCUACACCUGAUCGAUUUGUCACAUAACAACUUCACCGGAUUGGUGCCCACCACGACUGGCAAACUUACCAAACUCUCAUAUUUAAAUCUUGAACAUAAUCAACUCCGGGCAGAUAGUAGGCAAGAUUGGAAGUUUUUGGAUAACUUAGGCAACUGCACAAAGCUACAAAUGCUCUCCUUGAGUAACAAUCGUCUAUCAGGGCAUGUACCAAGUUCUAUAGGUAACCUUUCCAAUCAACUCCAACAGUUAUACUUGGCAAAAAAUGAACUAUCAGGAAAUUUCCCUUCUGGCAUAACAAACCUUAGCAACCUGAUUAUUAUAUCAUUGGGGGCGAAUCACCUCACAGGUGUGGUUCCGGAUAUGAUUGGGACUCUUAAAACUCUGCAACUAUUAGCCUUAUGCAAAAAUUUGUUUACGGGGGUCAUUCCAUCAUCGUUGUCAAACUUGCCUCGAUUGGGAGGGCUCUAUCUAUACUCAAAUCAAUUCAUUGGCCACAUACCAUCAAGCUUUGGAAACUUUCCAAUGCUUCAAUAUUUGGACAUUUCCAACAACAAUCUUCAUGGCAGGGUUCCAAUGGGGAUCUUCAAAAUCCCAUCAAUAAUUGGAAUUAAUUUAUCAUUCAACAACCUCAGUGAACAACUUCCAACCGACAUUGGCAGUGCCAAACAACUCGUACAAUUGGGACUUUCAUCAAAUAAGCUAUUUGGAGAUAUUCCAAACACUCUAGGUGAUUGUGAAAGUUUAGAAAACAUUGAGUUAGACUCAAAUAUUUUCAGUGGAAGCAUUCCCACUUCAUUAGGCAACAUAAGCAACCUCAAAGUUCUGAAUAUUUCUGCCAAUAACAUAACUGGGUCAAUUCCAACAUCUCUAGGCAACCUACAGCUUCUUGAGAAACUAGAUUUGUCAUUCAACCAUCUUAAUGGUGAGGUUCCAACAAAAGGGAUCUUCAGGAAUGCGACUGCUGUGCGGAUUGAUGGAAAUCAGGGGCUUUGUGGUGGGAUACCGGAGUUACACAUGGUGGCAUGUUUUGUUAUUCCUUCAAAUUCAAAUAGGCACGAUGAAAAUUUGGUGCUCAAAGUAGUUAUCCCAAUAGCGAGUAUGGUGUCACUUGCUAUGGUCAUACUUGGCUUAUCGCUCUGGAAAAGAAAACACAAGUGCAAAUCUAUAGCUCUGCCAUCAUUUGCUGCAAAAUUUCCCAAAGUUUCUUUCAAUGAUCUAGCCAGAGCAACACAGGGAUUCUCAACAUCCAACUUAAUUGGCAGAGGGAGAUACAGUUCUGUAUACCAAGGAAAACUAGUGGAGGCCGAAAAUGAGGUGGCAGUAAAAGUCUUCAACCUAGAGACAGGAGGAGCACAAAAGAGCUUCAUUGCAGAAUGUAAUGCACUGAGAAAUGUGCGGCACCGUAAUCUGGUCCCUAUCCUAACUGCGUGCUCAAGCAUUGAUUCUAAUGGUAAUGAUUUCAAGGCCCUAGUGUAUGAGCUCAUGCCACAAGGAGACUUACAUAAACUACUAUACUCAACUCAAGAUCGUGAAAGCUCUUCAGAUUUGAAAUUUAUUACAUUGGCUCAAAGGAUAAGCAUUGUGGUGGAUGUAGCAGAUGCAAUGGCGUACCUCCACCACAACAACCAAGGAACAAUUAUUCAUUGUGAUCUAAAGCCUAGCAACAUUCUUUUGGAUGACAAUAUGACAGCUCAUGUCGGAGACUUUGGCCUGGCAAGAUUCAAAGCUAGUUCCACAAUGCCGUCUCUUGGUAACUCAAGCUCUUCUCUCGGUGCACUAAUGGGAACUAUCGGAUACGCUGCUCCAGAAUAUGCAGGGGGUGGUCAAGUUUCAACUGCCGGAGAUGUUUACAGCUUCGGUGUCGUUCUCCUCAAGAUAUUCAUUCGGAGAAGGCCAACUGAUGACACGUUUAAGGAUGGGCUGAGCAUUGUGAAGCUUACAGAGAUCAGCUUCCCUGGUAGGGUAUUGGAGAUUGUCGAUCCCGAGCUGCUACAGGAGUUGGAGCCUUGCCAAGAAACUCCAGUGGCCAUGAAGGAAGAUGGUAUGCACACUUUGCUAUCUAUGCUAAACGUUGGUCUUUGCUGCACCAAGCAAACUCCGGGUGAACGAAUCAACAUGCAGGAGGUGGCUGCCAAGUUACAUCGAAUCAGGGAUGAUUAGCUCAGAAGUUGUUCUGUUGCUUCAGUAGUAUUAGCUACUUAAAUAAGUAUGUUGUUGUAUAAUUGGCAUUUAUCAUAACCAUAUACGAACGGACCUGAAUUUACAAACCCAAACCCUUUGUGUGUUACUGCAUCAGCCUAGCGCACAAUGAAAAACUGAGAUG